AUGAAGAAAAAAAAGAUGAAAACUACUACGAAAGCUCAAAAUAAAAAAUCUAAGAAGAACAGCCGAUCAGUGAAAACAUCAAAACGACGAAGAGUCUCAUCAUGUGGAGAUGAAAGUGAAGAAGAGGAGGACACACCAUGUAUGUAUUGUGAGGAAGUAUAUUCCGUUUCCAUUGAAGGGUGGAUAUCAUGCUCAUUAUGUGGAAGACGGGCUCAUAAUGGCUGCGCAGGAAUAGAUGAUGAUGAUGAAGCCACCCAUGUCUGCGAGUUCUGCCAGCUCAAAUAA